CGAGCACAAGAACCACAAGUACAAGAUGAGCAUGAGCUGUGGCGGUGGCUACUGCGACUGCGGUGACAUCGAAGCGUGGCGGUCGUCCCCAUUCUGCGAGACUCAUGGUCGGGCCGUCAGGCAGCAGGAGGAGGGUCGGGAUGGGAAUGAGCCCAAUCCGCUGGACCGGCUCCCUCCGGACCUGGUGAGCCGUGUGGAGCUGGUGCUGCGGGCGGUGCUGCUCUACUGCCACCAGAUGCUGACGUGGGGCAAGUCCACCGAGCUGCCACCGGACCUGGCCCAGUCGUCCGUGCCUCGACUGCAGGAGACCUACGUCACCAUGCUGUUCAACGAUGAGACGCACACCUACGAACAGGUUAUCCAGACCCUGAACAGGGCCAUUGAAUGCUCACACCGGGAGGCCAUAGAAUAUGCAACCAUGGUGGACCGCGAGGGCCGCAGCGUGGUCCGGAGCUCGACGUUCCCCGAUUGCUUGCAGGUGAAGCAGCACAUUGAGAGGAUCACGUCGCGGCAUGGCAGCCGUCCCCUGAGGGUUCUGGUGAUGCACUCGUCGGUGGUGGCGCACCAGACGUUCGCCAUGCGGCUACUCACCUGGCUACAGGGCUUCCUUGCACAGUGCCAAGCGUUUCGCCUGAUCCUGAGCGACGUCAUGAUGGCGCCAACGCCCGUGGAGGGCUUUGCGCUGGUGCGGUGCAUCAUGCGCUCGGAUGCGCAGCUCUGGAAGACGGCGCGUGCCCAGUGGCACCAGAUUCUCAUCGGGGGCAUGCUCAUGGACGCCCGGUGCAAGCAGGACUUCGCCCGGGCGUUCACGCGUGACUACCCGGACUUGCUCAAGGAGUUCGUGGCCGAUGACCACGAGCACCCCGUUUCCAUCACCUCGCUGUCGGUGCAGAUCUUCACCGUGCCCACGCUGGCGCACCUACUCGUCGCGGAGGAAGAUGCCAUCGCCGUCCUGCUCAGGCGAGCGUCCGUCACCUUCGGUUUCUUCCUCCUAUUCUUCUCGGAAUUUUGCGAUGAACUUCACCCACAAAUGAUCGUCUCAGCUGACAAACCAAAUGCUAUGCAACGCUGA